AUGGAGCAACGGAAGCCAGUCAUCACGCGCUUUCGCGUCGUCGUCGCAGUCCUCGCUCUUUGUGGGGUCGUCUGCUUCACGGCCGGGGCGAUACUGAUUGCACAGCCACAAGCCAAACCCAACACGAAAUCCAUCCUGUCCAAUAUCCAGCAAACGUCUGCCCUGAAGGUCUCGCUGACCGCCCUCCGCCCGUGCAUGCAGCUCAACGGCAAGACUAACGCCACUGUGUACAUCGUCCCCCGCGCGAGCUACGUCGAAGACGAUAUGCUGGAGUUUGAUGCUAUCUUGACUCAGCCCGGUGCUGAAGUAACCGAGACGUACGUGCUCCUUGACAACCGCGCGUACUGGUCCAAGUCGGCGCUGGACGGCACGCCCAUUACGGCGCAGUGUUUGACUGCAUCCCAGAUUCCGCCAAUCGAGUUGAUGCAGGGCAGCAUGGAGCAGUCUCAUGUCGUGUCGGCUGUAGUGGACGACGACGGAGAGCCGAUCGAGAUGGGGUGCGAGAUCGGCCAGUUGCUCGAGCUCAAGUUUGCAGGAGAGACAUUUGUGCUGUGCAAAUCGAGAGAUAACACCAUGACGCAUGGGCUUGGGGACGACUUGACGUUUACUGUCGAGUACAUUUCAGACCCGACUCAAGUCCCCGACAUCGUGGCACCCACGAACCUGGAAUGCCCGGUC